AUGUCUGCUGACCCCAAGUAUGAGACACUGGAUGCACCCGAUGGGUCAGCAUUGACGUGGAUCUUUGAUCAUUGCUUGCGUUACGCCGACAACUACGAAAUUUCCCUCCGUGCUGCAUACGAACUCAAUUGCCAGAGCACAAUGGCGCCUUCAUUUGUUCUUAAGUCACCAUCCUUCUUCCGCAACUCUGUUUUUACCAAAAACGCUCGUAACUCCACGUCUUCUUUCGAAACUCCUACUUAUGACACGAAUGCCGAAUUCCGUGCCUGUUUGAGCAAGACUGUCGCCGAAUUGUCUUCUCAACCUUGCUCGCUCCCUCCGAGCUUCAUUCUCUCCUUUGUGCGCCGCUGCUUUUGUCUGGAACUAUCCGAUGUCGACUUUGCCCAGGCUUUAACUGCUCUUGAUUACAUUAGAGACCUCCAAGGUCGCUGGAAAAAGGAGAUUGAUGCCGCUUUCAAUCGACUUAAUAUUACUGCCCAGGAUGCGAGUCACCCUCAGCAUUCGGAGCUUGCUCGCACUUUCCCAAACGUGUUGGUCUGGUACAAAGACAUCAGCAACAAGGCACGCAUGAUCGAUUUCCUGUACACUCAGGUCUACAUUGGCCUGCGUCGCUGGGUUCUUGUCAAUCAGAUGAUGCUCGAGCCGUUCGACAAAGCCAACUGCCUUGCUCUUCUUAACACUCUACUGCCACCUCUUCACCGAGGCAGCUCUACCCCAACACAGCAGUUGUCGGUGGGCGUCCUCGCAAAUCAUCGUGACACAUUCUUCAAAUUCAUUACCACCUACGAGUCUGAUCCUUCAAUCCUGGAGCCUAUCAUGAAGCAAGGCGCUCGACCCGGUGAGGAGAAUGGAUGGCCUGCAUUGUAUGACGCCAUGGACCGAUAUUUGAACGCUGUUCUCGAGAUGAUCGACGAGUGUGUUUUGAUCAACGAGCCAUGCCAGAUCAGCAAGUCCGGCGUGCAGCGCCGCACCGACUCGGGCAUCAGCUUCGGCCCCGAUUUCGGCCCCUGCCCUGCUAGCUCCCCCUCUUCGGACACCGAAAAGCCUCUUCCCCAUUUCCCAGAACCAAACGCAGGCACUAGCAAGCAUGGUUCGUUCCUGGAACGAUUUGCCUCCUUGUCAUCAUGGGGAAAGAAGAAGGACCCUAAGAAGGAGGAGCAGAAGGAACGGCAGAGGGAGUUUGAGCGCAGUCUGAAGAAGAUGCAGUCCUACAGAGAAUUUAACAGUCGAACUAGCAGCACCAAGAGCACCAAGACAUCAGCCAAGUUCAACGGAAAGAUCUCCUUCGAUUUGACCGACGAUAAGCGCCGGCGUUUGAUUGAUGAAGCCGAAGCUCGCAAGGCUGAGGCGGCCCAAAGCAUUGGCCAGGCCAUUUAA